UAUUUGAAAGUUAUUUAAUAUUGUCUCUUGCUUUGGCCAGCAACAUGAUAAAAAAAGCCAGCUUUUUUCUCCUCUCUGCUCUCCUUAUCUGCUGUGGAGCAGAAGACACAGAGGGCUUAGAGCAGGAGGCUGAAGUGCGCUGUCCUCACACUUGCCCUCAGUUCUGGACUCGUAAUGGUACCCGCUGUUUCAAGUUUGUCUCCAAAGCAAGAUCUUGGGCCGAAUCUGAGCUUCACUGUUUGGCGAUAGGAGGGAAUCUGGCCUCGGUGCACAGCAUAGACGAGUACAGCUUCAUCCAGGAACUGAUCCGCGAACACACUGAAGGCACUCCUCGUACUUGGAUCGGAGGAUGUGAUGCUGCUCAGGAGGGUCUGUGGUUUUGGAGUGAUGGGUCCAGGUUUGACUUCACUACCUGGUCUCCUGGUCAGCCUGAUAACCAUGGUGGACAGGAGCAUUGUGUGGAAAUGAAUACUGCAGGUACAGUCACCACUAUUCAAAUAAUAUUUCUGCUACAAUGAAAAUCUUGAAUCCCUUGAAAUCAAUUACAUAUACAUAAUUAUAUAUACACAUACAAAAAUUCAAGUCAUAAUCAUGGUAUGGUAAUUAUGGUAAUUAUGGUAUCACCACCAUCAGUUUUGCAUUGCAUUACUGUUCCACAGUGCCAACUGCAGCCCAAAAUGACAUAUUGUUUUAAAAUCAACCUUUUUUUCUUAGAUCCACUGCUCUGGAAUGA